CUAGCAGCCACGCACGCGUGCUGAGACCGCGAAAAACUGUAUAUUUUUAUUUUCCUGUCAGAGAGCUGCCGAAGAGGAAGUACUCUAGAAGGCAUCUUGGUGUACGAACUUCCGCGAUGGCCAGGCUUGACGACAUCCUAAUGUUUUGUUUUUGUUAUGGAACCAUGGCCCUCGGUGUCUUCCUGUUGGUGCCGUUCAAGAUGAGCAAGAAGCUGCACGAAGCGUUCUUCGCGCGCAUUGUGUUCCCCCUGGUGAUGCACAUUUGGGGGGACCGGUUUACUGCGGUACGUCGGCAAGCCAUGUCGCAGCUAAACGACCUGGUGUCCCACGACGGCACACUCAAGAAGGAGGGCGCCAUCAGGGUCCUGGAGAUCGGCGCCGGCUUCGGCGCCAACUUGGAGCACGUGCAGCGGAACGUGAAGUACUGGAACGUAGACCCGAAUGCGGAGUUUGACGACGGAUUCCGGAAAAACCUGAAAAAGAACCCGAACGUGGAAAUGGAACGCUGGAUUCACGAGUACGCCGAGGACAUGCAAGGGGUUCCCGAGGGUCACUUCGAUGUAGUGCUGAUCACCUACGUGCUUUGCUCCGUGACCGAAGUGAGGAAAGUUCUCGCUGAGUGCAGGAGAGUGCUUGCGAAGGGUGGCAGGUUGGUAUUCCUGGAGCACGUGGCUCAUCCAGCAGGAACCUGGGGUUCCGUCGUACAGACGCUGCUCGAUCCAAUGUGGAGUUUCUCUUUCUGCGGAUGUCACAUAAACAGGCGACCGGAACAGCUCCUCAUGAGUGCAGGCUUUGACGAGAUAAAACUCACCGAAGUGUUUUUGAAUAUGCCUACGGUGCUGAGUCCCAACGUGUACGGCUCCGCCGUUGUAGUCAAGAACUGAUUUUUCAUGCCGUGAUAGUGUCUUACUUGGCAUAUAUGUCUAGAAAGAGAACAAAAAUGAUCUAGACGCACUCUCCGCGUGGGGCAGUGAUUGCGAUAUGCUGCUUUUGUUUGUCGCGUGUGUGUUCCUGCUGUCGGUUACGAAGACACUCGCUCAGCUGUUGACACUGUGCCCUCUGAGGCUCUGCCUUGAUUUACGUAGCCUUAGAUUGGACGACGAACUGAAUCAAUAAAGAGAUCACGGCGCCAGCUGCCAUCGAAACUAUCGAGACAAAUACGAAUAGCGCCGCUUAAAAGAGCA